AUAUGAUGCAUAAUCUGAUAUAGGAAAGGUUACAUGACUGGAUAGGUAAAAGGAUACGCCUCGAUGGAAAAGAAAUUGCGGGAAUAAAGAAUCGGGAAGAUCAAGUGAUCAAAAGAAACAAGAAUUGUAAAUUGAUCUAGAAAUUAAAGUAGGAGAUAUUACCGAGAUCUAUUCAUGAUACAGCAUCUGAAUAUGAUCAAUCAUCUUUUAGCGUUUGCUUAUUACAGAACUAUCAGUGAGUAAUAAUGAUUUAUGACCUAUUUCGUGAACUUGCAUUAACAUGAGUAAUUAUUUUAAUUGACUCUACUUUAUUCUAAUUGCCACUAGUUGGAUUGUUAUUCUUACAAUUAGUCAAAUAGAUUUCAUCAAAGGAUAAAUAAAGAAAGUGAGGCAACAUUGAAGGAUAAGUUCGUAAGACAAGUGAAGGAUCGUCGGACCGAGUCAAGGAACAGACGAAAAAUCUAGAAAAAAAGAAAGAAAAAAAAAAAGAAAAAAAAAAAAGAAAAGAAAGGAAAAAAAGAAAAAAAAAUGGAAUUUUGCCUUUCUGAAACUUGUGCAUCUGCGGCACAAGGAUCUUCUAAUUUUUUAUUCACGCAACUGUUACAAACGUUGCUCGUUGCACAAUGCUCUCUAAGCGUUAAUAAGGAAUAUCCGAAGGAUCGUACGAAGGAAAUUAUAAAUUCGAAAAAGGAAUUUGAUUUCGUGAUUGCAGGAGGUGGUAGUGCUGGAUCGGUUUUGGCAAACAGAUUGACAGAGAUAAGCAAUUGGGAUGUAUUAUUGAUCGAAGCUGGUGAAGAUCCAUCAGUAUUAUCAAACAUUCCUGGAUCGAUUUUGAUGCUUCUGGGAACCGCAGAAGAUUAUAAUUAUGAUAUCGAACCACAGGAAGGAUUUUGUCAAGGUAUGAAAGACAGAAAUUGCAAAUGGAGUAAAGGAAAGGCCCUAGGCGGCAGUUCUGUGAUAAAUGCAAUGUUACACGUCCAUGGAAAUGAUCGAGAUUACGACGAAUGGGAACGCCUUGGCAAUGAAGGUUGGAGUUACGAGAACGUGUUACCAUAUUUCAAGAAAACAAUCAACUGUUCUCCAGAGUAUGUCGAUAAGUGGGGAGAUAAAUAUUGCACCAAAGAUGGGCCUCUGGAUAUUAGAAGUUUCAAUUAUUCCGAAACAAACAUACAAGAGAUCUUCAUAAACGCUGCUCGUGAACUUGGUGUACCUAUUCUUGAAUUGCUUGAUGGGCAACAUUAUAUAGGAUACGGGAAAGCAUUGGGAACUGUUAAUAUGUCUCGUCGAGUAAAUGCAGCCAAAGCAUUUCUUUCACCGAUAAAGGAUAGAAAGAAUCUAUACGUGAUGAAAUCUGCCAGGGUAGAUAAGAUCCUCAUGAAUGAUAAUCGAGCAACUGGUGUUAGGGUGACCUUGAAAAAUGGCGAGGAAGUCGAAGUGACGACAUCAAAAGAAGUGAUUUUAUCCACCGGCACUAUCACAACACCUCAGAUUUUAAUGCUUUCUGGAAUUGGACCAGCGAAUCAUCUACGUGAAAUAGGAAUAUCUCCAGUGGCUGAUUUACCUGUUGGAAAAAAUCUUCAGGAUCACGUAAUAUGGUUAGGAAUUCAAUUGGCAUACAUCAAUCAAACAAAAGGACCACCAUCACCGACGCAUAUAAUGGACAUUGCUUAUGAUUAUCUGAUGAAAGGAACUGGUGAAUUGGCCACAAUCGGAGGCGUUGAUCUACUUGGGUUUCUUAACUUAACCGACCCACAAUCGAAAUACCCCGAAAUAGAGAUUCUCUUUACUCACGUACCAAGAUGGCAUGUCUAUAAACUCAAAAGCCUUUUAAAAGCCUUCGACGUUUCAGACGAACUAAUCGACAAUAUGAAAAAAGUCGUUAUGGAGACAGAUAUCAUAUUUAUGUGCCCGUCUUUACUGAGACCAAAGAGCAGGGGUGAAAUUAAGUUACGUAGCACCGAUCCUGCCGAUCAAGUUAAGAUCUUCGCGAAUUAUUUUGCAGAUAAAUCUGACAGAAAAAUACUUUUGAAGUCUCUUGAUUUUGUUAAGUCGUUGGUGGCAACUAAGACUUUCCAAAACAAUGGAAUAACUUUACGUCAUUACGACAUACCGAAUUGUCGUAACACUGAGUCCGAUUCCACGGAAUAUUGGGAUUGUAACUUAAGUAACACAGCAGGAACAUUCUACCAUCCGGUUGGAACAGCUAAAAUGGGCCAUUCUGGUGAUCCUACAGCAGUCGUCGAUCAUCGUCUCAAAGUACAAGGCAUUCAAAGACUAAGAGUUAUCGAUGCUUCCAUAAUGCCGCAAAUUACCAGUGGAAAUACAAACGCACCAACGUUGAUGAUAGCCGAGAAAGGAGCAGAUAUGAUAAAAGAGGAUUGGCUCGAAAAGGAUGAGCUAUAAAAAAAAAA